UUUUAGUAUCUUUCUUCUUAUAUCUAUAAAGUAUAAACUACAUCAUCCCUCUCCUCCACUCUCUCAUUAGUACUUCAUCAUUUUCAUUUUCAUUUUUAUUUUUUGACACUCCUCCUAGUCCUAGAGUUCCCUUUUGAUCGAUGAUGGCUGCCGCCGGCGAUGUUCUCAGGCAGAGUUUGCCGGAUGUUGGUGCAGCUGAGCUGCACGUGCUUGCAGUUGAUGACAGCCAUGUGGACCGUAAGGUCAUUGAACGGUUGCUAAAAAUCUCUUCUUGCAAAGUGACUGUGGUAGAGAGUGGAACCAGAGCUCUACAAUAUCUGGGUUUGGAUGGAGACAAGAGCUCCAUUGGUUUUGAUAGUGUGAAGGUUAAUCUGAUAAUGACAGACUAUUCCAUGCCGGGGAUGACAGGAUACGAACUACUCAAAAAGAUAAAGCAGGAGUCAUCUGUAUUUAGAGAGAUUCCAGUGGUGGUUAUGUCAUCUGAGAAUAUCUUGACCCGAAUUGAUAGUUGCUUGGAGGAAGGAGCAGAGGAGUUUCUGUUGAAGCCUGUAAAGUUAUCAGAUGUAAAACGCUUAACAAAUUUCAUAAUGAGAGGUGAAGGCAAGAAGGGAGAAAAAAAAUGUCAAAAAAGAAGCCGAUCAGAUGAUUGCAGCAGUCCAUCUUUAUCAACUGCAUUCUCAUCAGUUGCUCAUUCAUGCGAUCUAUCAUCACUGUCACCAUCUGCAUUGUCCUCAAAGAAAUCUAGGUUGUGUGCAGAAAUUUAGCACUGCUCUUUAUGUCUCCGUUUUUGGUAAACCAUAGUUUAUAUCCCAAAGCCUCCUAUGUAAUUUUCGUUUUUAUACUAUAGAUUGCUGACAAUGAGUACUAGGAUUAGGUAUGAGUAAGAGGAUGUCAGAAUCACUUGUUUUUUUUAUUUUGGCCGCUAAAAUUAUUUUUUGCUUAUUUUGCUA